GAUCCCCCGUGUAAGAGUGAGGUGGAGGAGGACAUUCCAGUCCAUGUGACCACAGGAAAUCCCAAUAAGAAUUCUGAAGGAAACGUCAUGUUAUCACUAGAUCAUAAAGAAGAAGAUCAGGACAUCAUGCAGCAUUCUUCAGGAGAAAACCUCAUUACACUGAUCGGAUAUCUAGGACCUCACAGUGCAGAUCUAUCAUACAAUCCUCCUAAUCAUGAAGAACCUUCUCCUGACCAAUCACAGAUUGUAACCACAAGUCCAGAUCUGUCACAUAAUCCUCCUAAUCAUGAGGAACCUUCUCCUGACCAAUCUCGGAUUGUAACCACAAGUACCGGGCAGAAAGGAAGUAAAAGGUUUCAUUGUGAAGAAUGUGGAAAACUGUUUACAAGAAGGUCAGUUCUUUCUGUGCACAGAAGAAUUCACACAGGAGAGAAGCCGUAUUCAUGUUCAGAAUGUGAGAAAUGUUUCACAGACAAAUCAGGUCUCAUUAAACAUCAGAGAAUCCACACAGGAGAGAAGCCAUAUUCAUGUUUAGAAUGUAAGAAAUGUUUCACAGACAAAUCAGGUCUCAUUAAACAUCAGAGAAUCCACACAGGAGAGGAGCCAUAUUCAUGUUCAGAGUGUGGGAAAUGUUUCGCACGAAAAUCAAGUCUCCUUCUCCAUCAGAGAAUUCACACAGGGCUAAAGCCAUACUCAUGCUCCGAAUGUGGGAAAUCUUUUACAGAAAAAUCAAGUCUCCUUAUACAUCAGAGAAUUCACACAGGGCUAAAGCCAUACUCAUGCUCCGAAUGUGAGAAAUAUUUUACCCAGAAAUCAAAUCUUAUUAUACAUAAGAUACUUCACACAAGAGAUAAGCCAUAUUCAUGUGCAGAGUGUGGGAAAUGUUUUAGAGAUAAAUCGGGUCUCCUUAUACAUGAGAGAAUUCACACAGGAGAGAAGCCGUAUUCAUGUUCACAUUGUGGGAAAUGUUUUACAAGGAAAUCACAUCUUGUUAUACAUAAGAGAAGUCACACAGGGGAGAAGCCAUAUUCAUGUUCAGAAUGUGGGAAAUGUUUUAAGCAAAAAUCACAUCUUGUAAAACAUGAGCAAAUUCACACAACAGAGAAGCCGUAUUAAUAUUGUAUAUUAGAACAAUGAUUGUAAGUAAAUGUAAGACGACAUUGGGGGUUUUACUUUACACAUGAGGCCGUUAUAGUUGUGUCCCCUCCACAGAACAGGGUUUAGGCCUCUUUCACACUUGCGCUGUUUUCUGGUAUUGAGAUCUGUUCAGGAUGCAUCAGAAUGUCUUCCGUUCCGGCAGCAUUCCGCUUUUUGAGCGGACACAAACCUGCUGCAAGCUACGGUUUUGUGUCCGGUCAUAAAAACGGAUCCAGCACUGAAAACAAUGUAAGUCAAUGAUGGCAGAUCCGUUUUUUUUCACCCAUUGACUUUCAAUGUAUUUAGUGAUUAAUCAGUUUUUUCCGUUUUGAUUUUACACAACUGCAUCCUAAUGGAAGCGACGCAUCCUGACCUGCAAAAUCAAAAUGCAUCCGUUUAAUUCCAGUAUUGAGAUCCUCUGCCGCAAGUGUGAAAGUAGCCUUACAUGAAGUGUUCCUGACAUAUCUGCACAAUCAUCCCCAUCAUCUGCUGCUCUAUGUUAUGUGUGACACAGCCGCACAGUUAUCCCCAUCAUCUGUUCUCUACAUUAUGUGUGACACAGCCGCACA